CAUCCAUUAAAUACCAUGUAACUAAGCGUUAGUAGGCAAUGGCGCUUCUUGCUACUGGCUUGCCUAGGUUUGUCGUCAGAGCACCACGCGUUCGCUCUGUUUCAUGUCAAUUAUGGCGUGCUAUGCCAAAUCGUUUGGUAGGGAACCGAUUCGCCAGCCAUGCGGCAACACCCGAUUCCUCGCCUGCCGAGGGGGCCGCCGAGCCAUCGUCGCCUGCCCCCCAGAGCAGCAGCGAUGAUGCAAAGGAGAUUGACGAGAAGGAACGCCAACGCCGAGCGAGGAUUAGCGCUGCAAACACGGGGAGGGUGCCCUGGAACGCCGGUCGUAAGCAUUCGCCCGAGACCAUUGCCAAGAUCCGCGAGCGCACCAAGCUGGCCAUGCAGCGCAAGGAGGUGGCGGAGAAGGUGCAGGAGGGCCGUGACAAGGCGGCCAACGCGAGCGCCAGACCGGAUGUGCGGGAGCGCAUCAGCCAGACGCUCCGCAAGCACCACGCAGCCAAGCGGCAAGAGAAGGAAGCGGCGCUAGCGGCCGCCAACCCGGAGGGAGCACCCGCGCCGGCCCCCGCCAAGCGCCGGCGCAGCCCCCGCGCAGCCCACAAGCCGCAGGACGCCGCCGCCACCACCGGCUCCACCGGCUCCACCGCUCCAGCAGCAGACCCGGACACCGGGUCCGCUGCACCAGACGCCCUACCUGACAUACUGCCCAGGCCCAGACGCAGGGCCGCAGCGAGCAGCACCACCUCCUCUUCCUCACCCGACGCUGCGGCCCCUGCCGGCCCCAAGCCUCCCCCCCGCCGCCCCGCCUACCGCUCCCCGGAGCACCGCGCUGCCAUCUCGGAGGCCAUCCGGCGCAAGUGGCAGGACCCGGAGUACCGCG